CCGCAGGAUAGCCAGCAAAGUUCAUUCAAUUUCAAUUCAAUUUUCAUGUCAUGUCGUGGUGUUUUUAGAUCUUUAUCCCGUAAUGAUGCAGAUAGAAGGCUUACAUUGAUUUUUAAUUCUUACUUCGCAUCAGUGCUUCCCAUUUUGAUGGAUAUCGUGAAUUGUGAAACUGAAUAAUAUGUCGUAGGAUACCUACGCCGUCCUACGUAAAUAUAGGUUAGGUUACGCACCUAGCAUUUUGGAGAUAAAACACCAGGUGAAUAAUAUAUUCAGGCAUCAUGGAUCCGAACAUCUAUGCGAUGGUUCUGGAGACCCUGAACCGGGCCACUAGUCAGGAUACAGAAGUGUUGAAGCCAGCGGAGAAGAAACUACAGGAAUGGGAAAUAGAGCCCGGCUUUUAUUCUGUACUUUUGGAUGUACUUUCAAAUCACUCUAUCGACGUGAACGUCCGCUGGUUGGCCGUGAUGUGUUUCAAAAAUGGUGUCGAUCGUUAUUGGAGGCGUAACGCGCCGAACGCAAUCACCGAAGAGGAGAAAAUGAAACUCAGACAGGGACUCCUAACAACUAACAUACUAGGCGAACCAGUAGCUCAGAUUGCUACGCAACAGGCAGUUUUAAUUUCUAAAAUAGCUAGGUUUGAUUGCCCCACCAAUUGGCCUAGUUUAGUACCUGACUUGGUGUGCGCUUUGAAGGCGCCUCAACCACUAGUCCAGCACAGGUCAUUGCUGAUCUUCCAUCACGUCGUGAAAGCGUUGGCUUCAAAGAGGCUGAUCGGAGACAGGAGGACAUUCCAAGAAUUAACCCACUCAGUGUACGCAUUCAUACUAAACUUAUGGCACGAGAACACAGAGUUGUUCCUGCGUCACAUCCAAGAGGGCGCCGCAACUGGGCUCAUAACCGAACAUUUGGAGAAAGCGCUUCUGUGUCUUCGUAUACUGAGGAAAUUGACCGUAUUUGGAUUCAAGAAAGCCAAUGAAAGCCAAGACGCCGUUGCGUUUUUGAAUGUGGUGUACGAUAGGGCCAAGACCAGCUUGGAGUGCCGUAAAUUACUAAAAGGACGAGGCAUAUACCCGUUAGAACUAUGCGAGAAGUUCAUAAUACAUCUGACCAAAGUGGCCCUGGGAGUGUUGUGUUUCCAUCCAUUUUCAUACGUGCCUCUAAUCCGGCCUUCUUUAGAAUUCGCGCUCUUUUACUGUUUUACAGAACAGGGCAUGUCGUUAAUCUACGAAAGGUUUACGAUUCAAUGCUUGAAUAUCGUGAAAGGAAUAUUGCAAUGUGUUGAAUAUAAGCUGCCCAAGGGAGUCGAUCAGAUUUCUGAGCCAUUGACCCUACAAGCCCACCAAGUAAAAAUGGAGGUGUUAGAUCAGAACACAGUGUGCCACAUGUGCCGCCAUCUUGUGACGCAUUACUUCCUGCUGACGUCCGAUGACUUGGCGCUGUGGGACGCGGAGCCCGAGAGCUUCGCUAUUGACGAGGCUGGCGAGUCUUGGAAAUAUAGUCUCAGGCCAUGCACUGAAGCCUUAUUCCUUGAAUUGUUCCAAUUCCGCAACGUACUAGCGCCGGAAUUGGUCCGGCUUUUGGCAUCGCUUCAGCAACGGCCAAUCACGCCCGACGACCUGCCCGCCAUUUUGAAAAAGGACGCCAUUUAUAAUGCCGUCAGGUUGGCAGCGUUUGAUCUCUAUGACGAUGUGGAUUUUGACGAAUGGUUUACAAAUGUGCUAAGCCAAGAAUUGAAAAUGAAACAUAAUAACUACAGAAUAAUAAGGAGAAGAGUUUGUCAACUUAUUGGUAUCUGGUGCGGCGUACGCGCAUCGCAAUCACUCAGACCGGCGAUGUAUGAAGCGCUCAUCGAACCUUUAACACAACCCGAUGAAGAUCCGGCUGUGAAAUUAGCAGCCGCCGAAGCGCUCAGAAGCACAAUAGACGACUUCAAUUUCGAUGUGGAACAAUUCGCACCAUACGCUCCGCACGCGAUUGCAGCGCUUUACGAAUUAUUGGUGGAAUCGGAAGAGUGCGAUACGAAAAUGCACGUCCUCCACGUGGUGUCGUACGUGAUGGAGCGGUGCGGCGCGCACGUGGCGCGCGGCGGCGGCGCGGGCGCGCUGUGCGCGCACCUGCCGCAGCUGUGGCAGCACGCCGCCGGACACAACAUGCUGCGCGCGGCCGUCUUGUCCGCUACCGUGCACCUGCUCAAGGCAAUAGGCGAAUGCUCGCCGAACGUUCGGCCUUGGAUUGUGAGCGUUGUGAACGAAUCCACUCGCUUGUCUGAACCAGCACAUGUGUAUUUAUUAGAAGACGCAUUGGAACUGUGGCUAGCCAUAUUGGAGACCUCGCAGGCUCCCGACCCGCCUACAUUGACGCUGGCUGAGAAUCUGUGUCCUAUAUUAGAACAAUCAACAGAGCAUCUCCGAAUAGUCGUAUACAUAAUGCAAGCGUACACACUGUUAUGUCCCGAGGAGUUCCUGACAGGCGCUGGCGGGAAAUGUAUGGCGUUGUUAGAAGACAUGUUGAGUGAUAUGAGAAUAGAGGGUGUGAUCACCGUAUUGAAAAUGGCGGAGAUUUGCAUGAGCGUCACGUUCCCGGAGAGGAACGCGUUCUUAGGCGUCAAAGUUAUAUGGCCUAUUCUCAUAAGAGUUAUACAUUGUCUGCUAGAAGGAGAUGAUCUGCCUUUGGUCCUAUCAGUGCAGCUGUCACUGGUUUCAAGAGUGAUAUUGCUAUCUUCGGAUCUAUUCUACAAAGCGGUGCAAGAGGCGGCCGCCUCACUAACUGAAUACGACCAUGAUCCAGGGAAAGUACUAAAUAGGUUACUUCAAGUAUGGACUGAAAACAUGAACCUGGUUACACAGGUGGAAAGGUGGAAGGUAGUAGGUCUAGGAUUGGCCGCUCUAUUGACGACACAGAACGCGACAGUUCUCGAGCGGUUCCCGGCGAUACUACUGAAUUUGACUGAAGUGCUGAAUGACGUCAUGAAGACUGAAGACAAUGGUGCUCAUGUCGACGGACUAGUGGCCCCCCCGGGCUCCCGCCCCCCUUCCCCGCUGGAGGGCCGCGGGGGCGCCGCGCGCUGGGGGGACGCGCGGGGCGGGGACUGCAACACGCCGCACGAGCUGCGGAGGAGGAGGCUGGCGGCCGCGCAUCCCGCCAGGGUCAUCGACCUGCGAGCUGUUGUGCAUCAUCAGUUGGAGACACUAAAAGGACAAGUCGGCGCAGAAACGUUCGACCGUCUCAUACAAGCGACAGACCACGAGACGUUACAGCAAAUUAGAGAAUACAUACCGCUUUGAAUCUAGUUUUGACACAAAUUCGCUUUCGACGCGUUCGGAAACACGUUUAAAUUAUAAAUGAUUUCAAUUCGGAAUGAAUUUUUUAGUUUUUUUUUAUUAUCUGUGUCACAUUUUUUUUUGCGGCAGUACUAAGUGGUAUGUGUCAAAAAGUUUCGUUUGCAUUCAGGUCGAAUGAAUAAGAGUGAAUUCUAGAUAAUGUAAGACUUUAUAAAUGCUUUAUUGCACUUGAAACAGAAUGAUGUUUUGUAUUCUUGCAUUGCAUGUAAUGUUGUGCGCAGUAAUGUAAAUGCUGUGAUAUAAUACUCAAGACUUGAUUGCGAUUUAUAAACGUUAUUUUGUUGCAAUGAUCAGUUGUAACGAGUCAUUUGCCAUUAUUUAGUCCAUUUCUUUAAGGUACUAAAAUAAAGGCUCACAAUUUUAAUAUAUCUUUUUAAAUAAUAAUACUUAAUUCUACAUCUUUUAUUUCAUUUCGUUUUAUCUUAUGUCUGUAAAUUAAUUAUAAAAAAGACGUUUAAGAUUGUUUGCUUUUAUUUCAGAACCUACGAACUGGACUGUACUUACAAAUUAUAAAGUCUUAUAUUAUGUAUUUAGAAUUAUAUGCGUAUGAGCCUUUUGUAGCUAGACUGAAUAAGAUUGAACAAUAAAACUGCCAAACGUGGAAUGAAUUCUUAAUUUUCUUUAUUGACAUCACCAACAAUUAAAUAUUUUUUAAAUAGAAAAGCUGUAUUUUAAUCUGUGAGGCCUAAUUUUGUUUUAAUUCAUAGUGGCGCUAGUGUGAUUGAAAUAAGCGCCACUAGUGGCUACAUAUUGAACUAACUGUUGUCAGAAUUAAUUUCCCAUUUUACGGCCGGUAAAUACAUUAAUUUCUUUCUAAUUGUAAAAUUUUUGUAAAUUUUUAAUUUUAUAUAACUUGCUUGUCGUCCUCAUUUAAGAUAUAGUAUGUGUUAUGGAAGUAACAUUUUAUCACCAUUUAUGUAUUAAUUCCGAUUUUGGCCGCUAGAUGGUGUGUUGAUCAAUUUUUAUUUAAUUCUAGUUGUGAAUAUUGUAUUUUAUUUUGUUCUGUUUUUUUUCUUGUAUUCUGUCUAUUAAAAGUAUUAAUUUUAACCGACCACAAAAUAGGAGGUUCAAUUAUUCUGAACUCUUCGAAAGCAGAUUAAUUAAACUUUGUUUAUAUUUGUACAUUUUGAAUUGCAUGUGUAUACUGUCUAUAUAUGACUGCAGUUAAUUAGCUAUGCGAUUGAUUAUAUCUUAUAAUAUAAGAGGUUAAUUAAUUUAA